ACCCUACUCAAAUUAGGGUAGGUAAAUACGUAAUUCCGGAUUCAAGUCGGUUUAUUUUAGUCAAUUUACCAAGUCCCCACUCGCAUACAGCAAUCCCGUAGUGCUCCAGCUAUAAAGACCGCGUACAUCACCCGCAAUCCCUACCUCGCGAGCCUUCACUGGUCCGUCUUUUUCUUCCUCUCUCUUCUUAUCGUCCUCCUUCCCUUUUAGAGAGAGAAAGCAAAAGGCUACUAAUCUGCAAUCAUGUUGGUUUAUCAGGAUAUUCUUACGGGUGAUGAGCUUCUCUCAGACUCAUUUCCCUACAAAGAACUCGAGAAUGGAAUGCUUUGGGAAGUUCAAGGGAAGUGGGUUGUUCAAGGUGCUGUUGAUGUAAACAUUGGGGCAAAUCCUUCUGCUGAGGGUGGAGGUGACGAUGAAGGUGUGGAUGAUCAAGCUGUCAAGGUUGUCGAUAUUGUUGACACUUUUAGACUUCAGGAGCAACCUACUUUUGACAAGAAACAAUUUGUUACAUUCAUUAAGAGAUACAUCAAGAACCUGACACCCAAGUUAGAAGGAGAAGCACAAGAUGCAUUUAAAAAGAACAUUGAAUCAGCAACUAAGUUCCUUUUGCCGAAGCUCAAGGACUUCCAAUUCUUUGUUGGUGAGAGCAUGCAUGACGAUGGUGCCCUGGUGUUUGCGUACUACAAGGAAGGUGCAACUGAUCCUACCUUUUUGUACCUUGCACCUGGCUUGAAGGAGAUCAAGUGCUAGAUGUGCUUCAGCUAGGAGUUUUGAAUUGGAGAUUAUGUUUCAUGGAGUUUUAAUAUCUGGUCCUUUUUGCUUAUUUAUGUCUGUUUCUUCAAACCAGUACCUGCAGUUUUUCUUCAUUAUAUAAUCCUUAUUAUGUGAGACAGCAAAAUGAUCCUCUGAUUGAAUUGAAAGUUCUCUUUUAUUGAUUA